AUGGCGUCGGUUCGGAUGAGUAACCACCUGAAUGGAUUUAUGAAAAGUUCAAUAAUACGAUGUCAUGGUAGCCCAUAUAAUACCCGACGACCCUCAAGCUUAGCACCUCAAUCCAGAAGGAUGCUCUCUAAUUUUAAUCAGCUCAGAGGAUCCGGCUUGGUACCCAUGGUCAUCGAGCGUGAAGGACGCGGAGGAGAGCGCGCCUUUGAUAUCUUUUCUAGGCUUCUGAGGGAACGGGUCAUAUUUGUUGGUGGAGAGAUCAAUGACGCUGAUGCCAAUUUGAUAGUAGCUCAGUUGCUUUAUUUGGAGGCUGAAAGUCCAGAUCCCAUCGAGCUGUAUAUAAAUUCACCUGGGGGUAGCGUAACAGCUGGCUUAGCAAUUUAUGAUACUAUGCAAUAUAUCAGAUCAUCAGUACACACAAUCUGCAUCGGACAGGCUUGCUCGAUGGGUUCAAUCCUUUUAGGAGCUGGUGCAAAAGGUUUUCGCAAAGCCUUGCCGAACUCAACUAUCAUGAUCCACCAACCAUCCGGAGGAUCAAGUGGGCAAGCAUCAGAUAUGGCCAUUCGAGCCAACGAAAUCUUACGCUUGAAGAAGCGAUUAAUCGAGAUCUAUGCUAAGCAUUGUGGGCGAGAGGGAGAAAGUCAUAUGGACCGAUGCAAUCGAUUUGAACAAGCUCUAGAGAGAGAUAAGUUCAUGGACGGUAUAAGUGCCCAAGCUUUUGGCAUCAUUGAUCACGUGGUCGCUUCUCGUUCUUCCCAGCCAAACGAUAACUAG